AGGAGGACGAGGCAGGCUGAGGAAGAGGCCGUCGUCGUCGUCGUCUGUUGUGGUCGUCUGUUGUGGUGGUCGUCGUGGCGAGGCGGCCCGGGGCCCGAGCGAUUUGGCCCGGCCGGGGGAGAAGACGCUCUUUGCGGACCUGACCUUUUCCUCACUUCGGAGCGUUGUCGCGAGGCCGAGGGUUGGCUGCUGGUGUGGAAUAAUAUCGAGGAAACGUUCGAAAGGGAUCUGAAUUAGCGACAAAAUGAGCAGUCGCAAGGCAAAGAACAGCAGUUUAAAACACGGGGAGUGCGUUUCUCAGGCCCAAACAAUUUUACGAGAAAGGUUUUGUCACCAGAGCCCUCAGAAGCAUUUGUUUGGAAUCCAAGAGCAGCACAGAAACUUAGCCGCACUGCUCAAGCGAACAGCAGUCCACGGCGAAAGUAACUCCGUACUAAUCAUUGGACCCAGAGGAUCGGGAAAGACCAUGUUGUUAAAUCGCGUUUUGCAAGAACUCAUGGAAGUAAAACAAGUGAGAGAGAAUGUCUUACAAGUUCACCUAAAUGGACUUCUGCAGACCAACGACAGAAUUGCCCUAAAAGAAAUCACAAGGCAGUUACAACUGGAAAACGUAGUUGGAGAUCGAGUUUUUGGGAGCUUUGCCGAAAACCUUGUGUUUCUCCUGGAAGCCCUGAAAAAAGGUGACCGGGCUAGAAGCUGCCCAGUGUUGUUUAUACUGGAUGAGUUUGAUCUUUUUGCACAUCAUAAGAACCAGACGCUUCUCUAUAACCUUCUGGACGUUUCCCAGUCGGCCCAGACGCCCGUAGCGGUGAUCGGCCUCACGUGUAGAUUGGAUAUUCUGGAACUCUUAGAAAAGAGAGUGAAGUCAAGGUUCUCCCAUCGGCAGAUACACGUAAUGAAUUCCUUCGGUUUUUCCCAGUACCUUCAGAUAUUUGUCGACCAAUUAUCUCUACCUCCAGAGUUCCCCGAAAAGCAGUUUUCUGCGAAGUGGAAUGAAACCGUUCAGCGGCUGGCCGAGGACAAGAGCGUUCAAGAGAUACUGCAGAGGCACUUCAACACUAGCAAAGACCUCCGGUCGCUACACAUGCUGCUGAUGCUGGCUUUGCGUCACGUGGCCGCGUCCCGGCCCUUCAUCGUCGCGGCCGACGUGGUGGAGGCCCAUCAGCUAUGCAGCCUGGACUCCAAGGCCAGCGUCGUCCACGGUCUCUCUGUGUUGGAAAUCUGUCUUAUAAUAGCGAUGAAACACUUAAGUGACAUUUACGAAGGAGAGCCUUUUAACUUUCAGAUGGUCUACAACGAAUUUCAGAAGUUUAUCCAAAGGAAGGCCCAUUCUGUGUAUAACUUUGAGAAGCCUGUUGUUAUGAAGGCUUUCGAACACCUGCAACGGCUAGAACUAAUCAAAGCGGUGGAGCGGACCUCGGUAAACACCCAGAGAGAGUAUCAGCUCGUGAAGCUGCUUCUGGACAAUAAUCAGAUUAUGGAUGCCCUGCAGAAGUACCCAAACUGCCCCACCGACGUGAGGCAGUGGGCGGCCUCCUCGCUGAACUGGCUCUGAAGGGGGUGGCCACCUUUGACACCCCCCGAGGAUUCUUCCAGAGGCCUCCGUUGUCCCCCGGCCCCGUGAGCUUGUCGGAGGGGUGACGAUUCCUCGACUUUUUCCACGUUCCGGGCCUUGCAGGAAGACGUCCGUCGAGACUCUGACGCCGGAAGUGCGAAAGGUGGGGCCAAGUUCUCGAUGCAAGUUUCACGUUCAAUAUUAAAAAUGGUAUCUGUUCCCGGGGGAA